AUGUCACUCACAGCAGGAAACCUCAGAAAUAUCCCCACUUCUUAUGCCACUGUCUCGAUUGGUUGCAGAGAUGAACACACUCUGUCCAAGAAGCUAGAAGCAAUCUCCAGUGCAGGAUUCCAGGCUAUCGAGCUCGGCUUCCCCGACCUUCUGGCUUUCGCAUCGACGUACCUGAAGAAAGAGGUUGGACCCUAUGACUACGAUGAUCUCGUUAUCUCCGGCAAGGUCGUCAAGGCCAUGUGCGAGGCAAAGAAGCUGAAGAUCCUCAUGUUGCAGCCCUUCGCCAACUUCGAGGGUUGGCAAGAAGGAAGUGACGAGAGAAAGGAUGCUUUUACUCGUGCCGAAGGCUGGAUCAGAAUCAUGGAGGCUGUUGGAACCGACAUGCUGCAGGUCGGCUCCUCAGACACGCCUGCCGAGAAGAUCGGUACAGACCGCAAUCGCUUCGUCAGCGAUCUGCAAGAACUCGCCGACAUGCUCGCAAAGAAGAACUUCCGCAUGGCAUACGAAAACUGGUGCUGGUCAACCCAUGCUCCCACUUGGAAAGACGUAUGGGAUAUCGUUCAGAAGGUCAACCGCCCUAAUGUCGGUCUCUGUCUAGACACUUUCCAGUCCGGCGGAUACGAAUGGGCAGAUCCUACUACUGAGUCAGGCUUGGUCGAAAAGCCCAAGGAUCAACUAGAAAAGGAAUGGAAGGCAUCUCUCGAGGAGCUGUCCCGCACCGUUCCAGCAGACAAGAUCUACUUGCUUCAGAUCAGUGAUGCAUACAAGCCGAAACAGCCCUUCAACAAAGACGUCGAUGAGUCUGGUACCCGUCCUAGAGGUCGUUGGAGCCAUGACUUCAGACCUCUCCCCUUCCAAGGCUAUCUGCCUGUUGUCGACUUUACUCAAGCUGUCUUGAAGACUGGCUUCCGCGGCUACUUCUCGUACGAAGUCUUCGACGCUGGUCCGGACGGCAAGGGAAAGGACUAUGAGCUGCAGGACUUUGCGAAUGAAGCAAUGGCCACUCAAUGGAAGCUCAUCGAAGCCUGUGUCGAGGCUUGA